AUUAAAAAACAUACCACCCUGUAACAUCUUCCCUGUAAUUGUGAACAAAAGACAUGAAAAGGGCUUGGUGGGUUGUAAUUACACUCAUGUUUGCCUUGUUUGGUUUUGCAUUUUCGGUAACCAGUGCUCAAGAUAAUGGCGAUGGAGGAGAUCAACAACCAGCUGCACCAACCCCAGCACAACAAGAUUGUGAUGGGAUUUACAUGAGCUAUGACUUCGAAUCUCGGCGCAAAAUCUACCCUUUCCUCAAGAAUGCGGAGAAGCAGGCAUGGGCCUUCAAAUCCACCGCACACAUAGUCAACACAGGCACAUACGAGCUCAAGGCCUGGAAGAUUUAUGUUGGGUUUCAACACAAGGAGAUUCUAGUUGGUGCAACUGGUGCAGUUUUGAUGAACGGUGAUGAUUUCCCGGCUGAUGUUGGGAAUGGGACUUACCUCUCUGGAUCAGGACAGACAGAUUUGAAAACCUCAAUUAGCACUGCAGGAGAUUACACCCAAAUUCAAGCCAAAAUUCAAUUCAGUGGAACCAUGUUUGGUGUCAAGCCAUCUGGGGUCCCCAUGCCUAAAACAAUACGGCUUGUUAACGAUGGAUACAAGUGCCCCUCACCGACCAAUCGCAAGGGGUCUAUGUAUGUAUGUUGUGUUAGGAACCCAAAGUUUAAGGCCAAUGUAACAAAAACCAAGUUCUUGCCUCGGCAGAAGGGCGAUCUCACAAUAGCAUAUGAUGUUAUUCAAGCCUACGAAAAUAAUUACCUUGCUCAGGUAACAAUGGAGAACUGCAGCCCUUUGGGACGUUUGGACCAUUGGAACUUGACCUGGGAAUGGAUGAGAGGGGAAUUCAUAUACAACAUGAAAGGCGCUUAUCCGCGUACAAUUGAUUAUUUGAAUUGUAUAUAUGGUGAUGCUGGAAAAUACUAUCAACAGAUGGAUUUUUCCAAGGUCUUGAACUGUGAAAAGAAACCGGUCAUCGGAGACCUACCUAGAGAGAAAGCAAACGAUACUCAAGUUGGGAAGAUACCCAACUGCUGCAGAAAUGGUAGCAUUUUGCCUCCUAUAAUGGACCAAAGCAAGACCAAAUCUGAUCCACCCGAAAGAUUUAAAGUGGAUGGGGUGCUCAAUCCAGAAUACAAAUGUGGGCAACCUAUAAGGGUAGAUCCUGCUCAAUUUCCAGACCCAAGUGGUCUUCAGGCUACAAGCUUAGCCAUUGCAAGCUGGCAAAUAGUUUGCAACAUAACAAGGGCCAAAACCAGGAAGCCGAAGUGUUGUGUUUCAUUCUCUGCUUAUUACAAUGAGUCUGUGAUCCCCUGCAACACAUGUGCCUGUGGUUGCAGUGACACAAAAAAAUGCAACCCAAAAGCCCCUGCCCUUCUUCUCCCUCCAGAAACACUUCUUGUUCCCUUUGAAAAUAGGACAAAGAAGGCCAUAGCUUGGGCAAGCAUAAAGCACCAUCAUGUGCCCAAGCCACUGCCUUGUGGUGACCAUUGUUCAGUUAGUGUAAAUUGGCAUCUCUUAUCAGAUUACAAGGAUGGCUGGACAGCUAGAAUCACAUUAUUCAAUUGGGACAAAACCAACUUUGAAGAUUGGUUUACUGCCGUGCAGCUCAAGAAAGCUACCGCUGGUUAUGAAAAGGCGUACUCUUUCAAUGGGACCAAAAUUCCCAAGCUGGACAACAUCAUCUUCCUCCAAGGCUUGAAGGGCUUGAAUUUUUUGGUGGCUCAGAAAAAUGGAACGAAGCCGGAAAAAGAUCCCAAGGUACCUGGAAAGCAACAAUCUGUGAUUUCCUUUAAAAAGAAGCAUACACCAGACAUAGAAGUAGCUAAAGGAGAUGGGUUUCCUACAAGGGUGUUUUUCAAUGGAGAAGAAUGUUCUCUUCCUACUCAACUUCCACUAUCACACGGAAACUGUCUUCAUGUAAAUUUUGUAGUUGCAAUUUUCCUUUCACUUCUGAGUUUUGUUAUGUAAUUAAUUAAUCUUAGGCUAAAACAUAUUGUUCUUCAUUUA